GACACUCUUUACCAUUGGACAUGGAAGUAAGACAUGAGGGCCACCAUCAUACUGCCAACAUCAAGUAUGGCCACUUUAUAGCGUUGGUCUCGUUGGCGCAUGUGGGUUGUAUUGUUUUAUCUCGUACGGUAUUGAAAAAAUACCAACUCAAUAAUCGGAUUGGGUUGGUAGCGAGCUUUUUGCUCUGGUCAAUUAUAAUCAUUGGUACCACCUUGAUUAAUGUUGAUUUGAGUGAGAGCUAUAAGACGUCGAUUAAGAGAAUCGGAAGAUUGAGUUAUUGUUUGCUUCCGUUUGAUAUUUUCUUAAUAUUAAGACCUAAUUUCCCCAUUAUUCGUUAUUUAGAACUCAUUGACUUACAUAAAUGGAUGUCCCGAUUGAUUAUAGCAUGUGGGUUGAUCCAUGGCGUGGGCUACAUGGUCGUUUGGUCCAUUGAAGGGACCUUGAUGGUGAAGAGUUUGAAGUUACUCAAUUUCUAUGGGGUAAUUGUGUUUCUUGCAAAUUGUCUAUUACUAAUUAUAUCAAUUGGCUUUUUCAGGCGUAGAAAUUAUCCGUAUUUCUACAUAAUCCAUAACCUUACCGUAUGGUUGUUUGUUUACUUGAUUAGUUUCCACGCUAGACCCGGAGUCUCCGUGUACACUCUUGUGAUAACCUUAUUAUUAGGUUAUCAAUUUUAUAAAAAAAUAGGCUACUUAACAACCUUAAAAUUACAUCAACACGAAUCGUCAAAUCUAAAAAUAAUUGAACUUCAAAAUAAUUUUGAUUUCUCGCCGGGUUCCCAUAUAAGAUUAUCCUAUUCGUAUUGGGAUUAUCGGUGCUGGGCUUAUCCAACCCAUCCUUACACUAUUGCCCACUCCAAUCUGGAUUCCGUUUACUUGGUGGUUAAGCCGUAUCAAUUUGACUUCAAUGCCUCUUCAAAAUAUUGCUUAACCGGUCCAUUCAAUUCCACCCCCGAUCAAUUCUGGACUAAUUCAGAAAAUAUCUCCAUUGUGGUUGGUGGUUCCGGAAUCUCCUUUGGGUUGCCUAUUCUAACUCAUCUACUUGCUCAAGGCAAAUUGGCCCAUUUAUUUUGGUCAGUUAAAUCUCAAGCCGAUUUAUACAUUUUAAAUGCUUUAAACAUUAACCAUCUGGACCAUAUAACUGUCCAUAUCACCGGUAAUGAAGAUGAAGAAUCUUUUGGGCUAUUAUCAAAUGAUGAAAUCGAAUUACAAUCUUUAUCAAAUUCAAAUAUUAAAAUUGGCCGCUUCAGCUUUACCCAUUUGGUCUCCCAGCUCAAUAAAACUAAUGAUGACAAUAAAAAAUGGUUGGUGGCUUGUGGGCCAGAACCCUUGGUAAUUGAUGCAAAAAAAUUUGCCAACAAUAAAAAAAUUCAAAUUUUAACCGAAAUUUAUUCUAUAUAGAGUCAACCUUCCUUACCUCGUAUAUAAUUAUUUAUUAUUUAUUCUUGUUUCACUCGCCUUCGC